AUGGCGAAUACUACUGAGCUCUCUGCUCCGACAAAGCCGGAAGAUGGCGACUACUCGUUAGACACGUCAGCCUUAGCCGCACUGGACAAGUUUCGAUCGGAAAAGGCGGCUGAAGAAGUCUCCUUGCUGCGAUUUACCCAAUCCUCAACAUUGUCAUCCACAAGACGCAAGCCGCAGAAGAAAACGAAAUCGAAAUCUAGCGCGGUAUCGCGGAAACUGACGGCAGAGCAAGAAGCGGCCGAAGAAGCGAAAGCGGAAGCUGCCUUGCUAGCUGAGAUCGAAGCGAUUGCGGAUCUGGAAAGGCUCAAUGGGGUAGCUCCCGAUUCGUCCGAUUCUAUGUUGGCCAGCCUCGCCUCGCGAUUGCAUACCGACAGCGAUGACGAAGCAACAGCCGACAUCGAGGACAAAGCAGCGACGUUGGACGUCGAUACUUUCCGUAAAACGUUUGGCGAGAGUUGGCAACUGUCUCAAUUUUGGUACUCUGCCAAAUUCGUUCACGAGCUAUCGCAACUCAUCUUCCAACUAAUUUCGAAACAAAACGUGAUUCCAACGGAUUCUGCUCUUGUCAAGGAAGGAUUCGGUGGGGCAAGGGUAGCGUUCCUCUGCUGUCCCACAGCAUGGGUUGGGUUUGUCCACGAAUACCCUGCACUCACCUCGCAAGCCUUCGUGUUCGAAGUCGACAAGCGUUUCCACGCGCUCAGCAAGACAUGUUUCGUCUACUACAACCUCCACGAACCGGAAAAGGUGCCAGCAGAGCUCUUGGCAACGUUUGAUGUCAUAGUUGCCGACCCGCCAUUCUUGAAUGCGGACACGCAAGCCAAGGUCGCUACAACGGCCAAGAUGUUAGCAAAAAGCCAUGGGGCCAAGUUCUUGUUGUGCACGGGCGAGAGUAUCGCCGAGGAGGCGAGAAAAAUGUACGGCGAACCGGCAUUGGAGAAGUUGGACUUGGUGGUGGAGCAUCACGGAUUGGCGAAUGCAUUUGGUAUCUGGGGCCGCGUGUAG